AUGGCUAGCCAGAAAAAGUCGCAUGUCUUCCGGGUGACAGGUCUGUUGAGGGAAAUGACUGAUGGGGAUCUCACAACCACGUUGCAAGAGGCAAUCAACGACAACUCCACUGAUGACGAAAAGUCGCAUAUCAAGGUUGACGUUUCUAUUGUCCCUUCAUGCUAUGAAAGUGAGACACAGAGGGUGGCGCUGGUGCGUUUUCGCGGCGGGGUGCCUCAGUUCCUUCAUGAGCUGAGAGUUGAUCCACUCGGAGACUGGCAGGUCGAGAUGGGAGACGAUGACCUCAACUUUGACUGCCACUUCUUUGGGUUCACCCAGCUCUACUCGCCAGACGAGAAGGAGCCAGUGGCUGCAGAUAUCAUUGCCAUUGCCGGACUGGACGGACAUGCGUACGGAUCGUGGCAGGGCAGAGGCAACCUCGGUCGAAUGUGGCUCCGUGACUUUCUGUCGAAGGAUCUUCCGCAGUGCCGUACGAUGAUCUAUGGGUACAACUCCAAGCUGUCGAUCCACGGCGUCGAUACGAUCCUCGACUACGGGCGAGAGCUGAUGGAGGAGAUCAAGAAGAUCCGGAACACGACGGAGCUCCAGCAGAGACCUCUGAUUUUCAUCGCGCACAGCUUUGGAGGCAUCAUCUUGGCUCACUGUCUGGUAAGGGCCAUCCAAACGAUGGAGGGAGACCACCCGGCGAUCACGUCGCUGCAUCGAGCCACGUACGGCAUGAUCCUCUUCGCCAUCCCCCAUAAAGGAUUAGUGAUGGACGAUAUCCAACAGAUGCUAGCCGGCGAUGAACGCCAUCCGCGAGGGCAUUUGCUGCAGCAGAUCUCUAGUAAAUCGGACCUUCUGGUCCACCAGCUGGCAGGUUUCAAAAAUCUCAUCCGGGACCGUAAGGUGGUCAGCUUCUACGAGACGGAGCAAACGAGGCGGCUAGUAUUGGACGCGGAAAGCGGGCGAUGGAAACGCACCGGAGAUUAUAUGACGACGGUGGGCGCAGACUCGGCCCUGCUCCAGCUCCCCGACCAUGUAGAGGACAAGGUGCCGCUGCAUGCCGAUCACUCGAUGGUGGUUAAAUUCGACACGCGCAACGCGGCCGGGUAUCGCACGGCGCUCGAGAAACUGCGGCAGUUCUCAACGGACGCGCCCUCGGUGGUGGCGGCUCGGUUUGCGCAGACGCGUCCGAAGCCCCAGCCGUGCUCCACGGUCCCUUUUAAGAAGGACCCGAUGUUUGUGGGCCGCGAGGCUGUCAUCAGCGCCAUCAAGGAAAGUCACACGGCGAUCGGUCAGCGUCAUGAGCGGGUGGCAUUGGUAGGCUUAGGCGGCGUUGGAAAAACCCAGACAGCCAUCGAGUAUGCCCACCGCGUGCGAGAAUCUACACCGGACACGUGGGUAUUUUGGAUUCACGCCAGCAAUGCGGCGCGCUUGGAACAGGGCUACCAGGAGAUUGCCGCAGUUGCGGAGAUUCCAGGACGGGACGAUCCGAAGAUCAACAUCCUGCAGCUCGUGUAUCGAUGGCUGUGUGAUCCAGGCAAUGGGCGCUGGCUCAUGGUGUUAGAUAAUGCGGAUGAUGAUAAAAAAUUUUUCAGUAGUGAUGUAUCUCAUGAACGAGGGCCACUGGUGAGCUUCCUGCCCCAGGCCGCGCAUGGAUCAAUGCUGAUCACAUCGCGAAAUGGACGUGCGGCGCGAAAUCUGGUGGGGAAUAACAGUCAUGUGAUCACCGUUCAGCCAAUGAAUGAAGCAGAGUCCCUCGCCCUGUUACGGGUCAGGAUUCCGGCACCCCAAUUUGGAGAUUCUGGAGAGCCCGACGAGGACGAGAAGGCCCUGGUCGAGGCACUGGAGUACAUUCCCUUGGCAAUCACUCAGGCGGGGUCCUAUAUUGCCAACCGGUUCCCCCUUACCACCGUCUCUGCAUACCUUCGACUUUUCCAUGAAGGUGAGUCGAAGCAGACGCGGCUUCUUCAGAAUGAGGAUUCCACGGAUCUCCGGCGCGAUCCUAGCAUUCGGUAUGCGGUGAUCACAACGUGGCAGCUAUCAUUUGAGCAGAUCCGUCAUGAACGGCCCGCGGCGACCGAUCUUUUAGCGUUGAUGAGCAUGUUCGAUCGGCAGGGAAUCCCCGAAGACCUGGUGCGCGACUCUGAUGUAGACGAACUGGACUUUCACGAUGCAUUGGCACCGCUGCUCAGCUAUUCUCUGAUCCGAGUAGAAAUAAACGAACGGUUGUUUGAGAUGCACCGCCUGGUACAAUUAUCAGUCCGGGCGUGGCUAGAGACGCACCGACAGCUCCACAGCUGGCAGGCCAAAUCACGAAGGAUUAUGGCACGGGCUUUUCCAAAUGGCAACUAUGAAAGCUGGACACAAUGUCGAUCGCUUCUUGUGCAUGCGCAAAGCGUGCUGAAAUGUAUGUAUGGCGUUGACGAUGACGAUCAAUUGAACGCGGCCACCCUGUCAUAUAAUUGUGGGUGGUUUCUACAUCUUCAAGGAGGUUAUGAAGAGGCAGAACUGAUGCAUCGACGGGCGUUGGAAGCACGCGAGAAAGUAUAUGGACACGAGCAUCCCAAGACGUUGCACAGUGUCAAUGACAUUGGGUUAGCGCUUGACAGCCAAGGGAAAUUUGAAGAGGCGGAAGCGAUGCAUCGACGGGCGUUGGAAACACGAGAGAGGGUGCUUGGACGCGAGCAUCCUGACACGCUCACCAGUGUCAACAACCUUGGCUUAGUGCUUGACAGCCAAGGGAAAUAUGAAGAGGCGGAAGCGAUGCACCGACGGGCGUUGGAAACACGAGAGAAGGUGCUUGGACGCGAGCAUCCCUCCACGCUCAGCAGUGUCAGUAACCUUGGCAAUGUGCUUGACAGCCAAGGGAAAUAUGAAGAGGCGGAAGCGAUGCAUCGACGAGACUUGAAAGGGAGUGAGAAGGUGCUUGGACGCGAGCAUCCCUCCACGCUCACCAGUGUCAGUAACCUUGGCAAUGUGCUUGACAGGCAAGGGAAAUAUGAAGAGGCGGAAGCGAUGCAUCGACGAGAUCUAGAAGGCAGUGAGAAGGUGCUUGGACGCGAGCAUCCUGACACGCUCACCAGUGUCAACAACCUUGGCAGUGUGCUUGACAGGCAAGGGAAAUAUGAAGAGGCGGAAGCGAUGCAUCGACGAGCGUUGGAAACACGAGAGAAGGUGCUUGGACGCGAGCAUCCUGACACGCUCACCAGUGUCAACAACCUUGGCAGUGUGCUUGACAGGCAAGGGAAAUAUGAAGAGGCGGAAGCGAUGCAUCAACGGGCGUUGGAAGCACAAGACAAAAAUUUAGGCUUGAUCACUCUGGAACAGUAA